AUGAGUGUGGACACAGCCUAUCACAAGACGUGUCUGGGACUUGUAGACCUCAUCAAUGGCACUAUGACGGAGACAGGACGUUGUGACUCGGGAUAUGAAUACGAUCUACACAAACAUUCCACCUCCAUCACCGAGUGGGACUUGGUAUGUGAUAAGAGCUACCAGGCGCAGCUGACUCAGACCGUGCUAGUGAUUGUUCAUAUGAUGGCGAUACAAGUGAUGCCGCUCGAGGUGCUACCCAGGUCGAGGAGAGCGACAAUCCAUAUGCUAGGACUACUUCUCUGGACUGCUUUUCUCUGUGUGCUGGUCGCAUUGGCUUAUGGCUUUAAGGAUUAUAACUGGAGAUACUUUCAGCUCACCACGGUGGUGGCCACUGUUGCCACUCUAAUACCAAACAUGCUGUUCUUGGACGAAUCUUUGAGAUGGCUGCUGGCCAACGGACGAACUGAUGAAGCCAGGGGUAUCAUAAAUAAAGCGGCCAAGAUGAAUGGAAUUCAUCCAGACCACGUCCUGGAUGUGACAGAGAAUUGCCUGGCUGAGUCCAUAGCCCUCCAUACAUCCCAAAACAGUGUCAACCAGCACACUGACAAGAAGUCUAACUUACUCGAUAUGUUUCGGCACAGAAAACUUCGAAACACGGCUUUUAUAAUGUGUUUUGCUUGGAUUGUCAAUGCAGGGACCUCUUUCGGCCUUUCCCUGACAGCCGCCAAACUGUCUGGAGACAGGUUCUUGAACUACUUCCUCAUCUUGGUGGCCAAUCUGCCUGCUGGAAUUAUUUCCUAUUUCACUAUGCAAAGAAUCGGCCGAAGGACGACCUGUAUCGUGAGUCAUUUCAUCGCAGGGUCCGCCUUACUGUCAGCAGCCCUUAUCAACACAUACCUGGGUCCCUCUGGCUGGGUGACGGGACUUACAGUGGUCGGUAAGUUCGGCAUCUCUAUGUCCUGGGGAACACUGUUCCAGUACACACCGGAACUGUAUCCGACCAACCUCAGGAGUGUUGGCCUUGGCAUAGCAUCAUCUUCUUCUCGGAUUGGAGGGAUGCUGGCUCCCUUCGCCACAAUUGUGAUUGAUUACUACCCCUGGCUCCCAGGCACUAUUUACGGCAGCUGUUGUAUUGGGGUUGGCUUUCUUCUGCUUCUACUGACGGAGACCGUGGACAAAGAGUUACCUCAAACAAUCGAGGAGAUUAAAAACUGGGAGAAGAGAAGUUAA